AUGGUUGUUUAUACCAGCAAGUUAUGUUUAGCCCCUAUGGUUAGGGCGGGUGAAUUGCCUACAAGAUUAUUAGCCUUAAGAUAUGGUGCUGAUUUGGUAUGGGGACCAGAAAUAAUUGAUAAAAAGUUAGUUCAAUGCAAAAGAGUAGUCAAUAAUACAUUAAAUACUAUUGAUUUCGUGGCUCCAAACAAUAAUAAAAAUGGUGAUUCUAAUAUCGUCGUCUUUAGAACGUAUCCUAAAGAAGAAAGUGGUAAAUUGAUUUUUCAACUAGGAACCUCCACACCAAGCAUAGCCGUUGAGGCAACUUCAAAAAUUAUAAAAGAUGUUGAUGGAAUUGAUGUCAACGCAGGUUGCCCUAAACAUUUUUCUAUUCAUUCAGGUAUGGGAGCUGCAUUGUUAAAGACUCCAGACAAGUUGUGUACCAUUCUAAAAGAAUUAGUGGAAAAAAUUGGUAAUCCAAAUAAUAAACCUAUAAGCGUUAAAAUAAGAAUUCUAGAUCACAAGGAAGAUACUUUGAAUUUAGUAGAAAAAUUAUGUCAAACGGGUAUCAAAAAUCUAACAGUCCACUGCAGAACACCAAUAAUGAGGAAUAGGGAACUCCCCAUUAGAGAUUAUAUACCAUUUAUCUUUGACAUUUGUGAAAAAAAUGGUGUAAGCUUAAUAAUGAACGGUGGAUUGAAAAAUCGCAAACAUUUUUUCGAAAUUAAAGAAAAAAUGAAAUUAAACAAUAAAAUUGGCGGAAUGUUUGCUGACUGUGCUGAAGCUAAUCCGAGUAUCUUUAGUGAAUCACCGCUCUAUUGGUUCCAAGUCGUAAAGGAUUACAUUGAGGUUGCCAAUCAAUUUGAUCAUUCUGUUCACAAUGUUAAAUAUUCUUUGACAAGAAUUAUACCUGGCAAGUCCAAAUUGUAUCAGCUUAUAACGAGAAGUAAAUCCUUAAAAGAAAUUAACUACAUUUUAACAAAUUACAUUCUAGAUAACAAAACUGGCGAAGCUGAUAAAGUAAAUGCUGAAAAGUAUUUAGAUGAAUGCAGAGAAAAGGAAAAAAUAGUCAAACAAGAAUUGAAUAAACUCAAACAAGAACAAGCAAAGCAUAAGCUUGUUCCAGAUAUCGUGAAUGCUACUAAUAAUCUUAAAGCUAAUAAAAGGCAUAAAACUUAA